AUGCUACGCUCAUGGAGGAAUCUGGACCGUGUUUGCCGAUCUGCUUAUGGACCCUUCGCGAUGGCAAGGAACAUUGCAGUACAUGGCCAAACGAAUCGGGGUAAGCCGAAUCAGACCAGCCACCUCCCUUGUGGCAGUGCUUUUUUCUGCACCCCCAGUGAACAAUUUGCGACCACCAAAGGGAAGAAUAGAGCAAAAAUGAGGAAGGAAACCAAGAAGGUCAAUGUAAGAUCGUCCUUCAUCAUUGAUAAUAGCACCCAUCGCGAUGGGUCUAUAUACAAAAACUCUUUUCUCCAAAAAAUAUGCAGUGUUACAAACCGUGAUGAGACACAACUGGAGCCAAUGAUGUUAUCAGAUCCCACUGAUUGUUUUCCUGACCGGGAAAGAUGUGCUGUGCAUUCUGCACGUAACAUGAUGCAAAUUUUUUCAUUAAAGUUGGCUGAAGUUUCUGUGAACACAAGCUCUGUACAACUAUAUGGAUAUAUAGCUGUGCGAGAUUGUCUGGAUUCGUUGCUAAAUUAUAUUGUCAAUCGUAGCAGGGACGAUCCCAUUACGGUGCAGCAGGGUUCUCUCAUUGAGAUGACUGGCCCUAAGAGGGGGAUCACAAUGACCUCUCCUGUUCUAGUUGAGUUUGACAUGAGGAUCAGGAAAGGAGAGCGAGAAGAAGAUGAUCUACAAUUAAUUGAUGGUGCAAUAGACUGUGAACUAACCACCACACCUCUCCGUCCAAUCACAAAUCACAUUAAUGGCGACUGUGGUGCGGUUGACAUCACUUUAGCCCUCAUUCCCCGUGCAGUGGAGGCCACUAUAGAUGUUAUUAUAUCAGAAGUACAGACUGAAUUCAGUUUAUCUCUGAGUUCGUUUGUGUUUGUUGGUGGGUCACAUCAGGGGAUUGAACUCUUUUGUGGUAUUAUCGGCGAGUCAUGUGGCUUAACAAGACGAUAUGUGAUUGCUGUAGACAAGGCUAGUUGGAUGCAUUUGAUGUUCAACAUAGGUCAGAAAGGAUCAAAAAUUGGUGAUCUGGAACAUCAUUGCCGCUUCAAAGCAGACAUCCAUGGAUGCACCUGUCGACAAAUAAUACUUGAGCAUGCAUCCAUCUCGCUGAAGGUGACUUGGUCGAUUGUGCGAUGA